AUUAGGUGUGCAGUGGCGCUGUAUAUUGCAGUUGUAUCAAGCCGUGCAGCUAAAGUAUUGUCUAUUGUCUUGUGUAGCGUAGCUGUUACACAAGGAAGUUUGAUUAUCGAGUAUGUUUACUCGUUGUAAACUUCCAAUAGGAAGAAACGUUUACACCUUUUGUAACCUCUGAAUUCACUUGUUCCUAAUCAGAAUGAGCAGCGUCGUGGAAGAUCCUGGUAUACCUUUGGUUGGUAGGAAUGGCAGUGUAUCUUCUAGAACUAUGUACAUGGGACAAUCACCUUCUCCAUUUACGUCAGGCAAGACGGAUAGAAAAUAUGAUAACGUCGGCUACCGUUUGGCGAAAAGAAAAGAACUAUUCCAUAGGCGUAUGAUAAUUUCCGAUUUUGCUCUUUUUUUCGCCGUCGUUGGUAUCAUCCUAAUGAUAAUAGAAACAGAAUUAUUUAUCGAUGGAGUUUAUCUGAAGUCUGAUACACCUAGUCUUCUGAUUAAAACAUGUAUAACCGUAUCUACAGUAACCCUAUUAGGAUUUGUCGUUUGGUACCAUAUUCUCGAUGUUAAAUUAUUUAUGUGCGAUAAUUCAGUUGAUGAUUGGAGAUUGGCAAUUGAUUCAACAAAGGUCUUGAAAAUACUGCUGGAACUAACUAUUAAUGCUAUUCACCCUCCUCCAGGAAACUUUGAAUUCGAAUGGACAACUUAUAAUGCCGACACUCAUAAAAUUAAUACUGCGAUCGUACCUGUCGAUGUCGUUUUCUCAAUUCCAAUGUUCCUUCGCUUUUAUCUAUUGUGCAGAGUAAUUAUGCUGCACUCUAAAUUGUUUACCGACGCUUCAUCACAAUCUUUGGGAGCUUUAAAUAGAAUUCAUUUCAAUUUUAAAUUUAUAUUUAAAAGUAUGAUGACCUUGUACCCGGAAUAUGUUUUGGCUGUUCUUAUCUGCUCGGCAUUUAUUAUUGCCUCUUGGGCUUUAAGAGCUUGUGAGAUGUAUCAUGAUGAGGUACAUGCGAAUUUCUUUAAUUCGAUGUGGUUAAUUUCCAUUACCUUCCUUUCCGUUGGUUAUGGUGAUAUCGUCCCUAAUUCUUACUGUGGUAGAAGUAUAGCGGUCUUAACAGGUAUAUUUGGCGCUGGUUGUACUGCUUUAAUUGUUGCCGUUUUGGCAAGAAAAUUGGAAUUAUCGAGAGCUGAAAAAUAUGUUCAUAAUUUUGUUAUUGAUGUGGAAUUAGACAAAAGAUAUAAGGUAGCCGCUGCUAAUAUUGUGAAAUACGGUUGGCUGGUUUAUAAGGCAAGAAAGUACGGGACUCCAGCUCAAGUUCGACGGAAUCAACGGAAAUUACUUAGAGCUAUACAUUCACUUAGGGAUGUAAAACAAGAACAAAGAAGACUUGCUGACGCUUCUGUUACGUUAUUGGAAAUGGCCAAAAAUCAAUCUUCGAUCGGUAACAUUCUUGAUCGAACAGAAGCCAGAACAUUAGAACUAGAUAAUAGAGUAAGUGCCAUGGAGAAAAAACUUGGUUCGAUCGAUGAGAAAUUACAAAUUAUUGUUAAAGCUGUAUCAUAAAGAUGAGCCCCUUUACAGUGCUUAUUGAUAUUCGGCGCCAUCUGGCGGCCACUAUUUCCCGAUAUCCAUGAUGCCAUCUUUAUAUUAGUCAUUAUUUUUUCGUUAUCUCUACUAAGCCAAAGAAAUUUUUUGGAUUCUUUUUUUUGUUGAAGUAAAAAAAUUACAAAAAAAAAUUUCGUUCAAUUUACGAAAAGCGUGAGUCACUUGAAUGAAGAAUGUAAAUCUCUGUUAUUGUUUUGAAUGCGAAAUACGUACGGAUAGUGACAAUUAAUCGCUUUUCGUUCUCUAUACUCCAUUACCUCAAAAAGAAAACCAUUAAUAAUUCUCGAUGUAUUUAUGUAAUGAACUUUUUGGUCAAAAUGUCUUAAAUGUUAUAAUUGUAAUUAUAAUUCUAUAUAUAUAUAUAUAUAUAGAAUUAUACAAAUAUAUAUAUAUAUCUAACUGGAAAACCUGCAAAAAAAAAAUCUGUGCUCCCUCUAUGUUGUUUGUUCAAUUAUAUAAGCUGGAAAAAUCUGUUGUUUACUAACAAUAUAAAUGUAUACAAUAUACAAUAUCUAUAUAUACUGUAUAUAUACAGUAUAUGUGCAGUAUAUACAAUAUAUAAUGUACGUACCACAUAAUACGUCAAGUCACAAUUCUUUAUGGUGUUACAAGAGAAGUGGUGUCAAUAAUACCAUAUAAUAUUAAUAACAAUGAAAAAUAUGGAUAUUAAUAAAAAUCUUCAUCGUUGG